CUUUUUCAUUAACUAUUCUCCUUUUGCUCUUUUUCACUAAUCAUUCUUGUUUUCACUCAACCCCUCAUUUACCUCAUCCACAAAAAAAAAAGUGUAACUUCGUUCUAUUAACCUUUGGAUUCGAAUAGAUAAACCUAGUUGUUACUACCUAACGAACAGAGACAGUAACACGCCACCCACCCAUAUUAGGUGGAGCAAAACCGCCUCUCUUUUUAAUCACUCUUCAUUCCUUUUGGUUUCCUUGGCAAUACAUCAAAACCAUCUGUCCCAUCUGCAAGGAGUCAAUUAAGUUCAUCGCCAUCAUGGGGUCAUCAUCUGGGAGUAUUGUCACUGGCCUCAAUCCUACGGAAGUCAACCCGUCAAAUCCAUUGGUUCUCUUUGUGAUCCAGGCGGUCAUCAUUAUCGGGCUAUGCUAUCUUUUGCAUUUUGUAUUGAGAAGGCUCAAGCAACCUCGUGUUAUUUCUGAAGUCAUCGCUGGUAUCAUCCUUGGACCCUCCGUCAUGGACCGUAUUCCCGGCUUUACGGAGACUAUUUUCAACCCAGCAAGUUUGUCCUACCUGAAUCUCGUCUCCAAUAUCGGCUUAGUGCUAUUCCUAUUCCUUGUUGGCCUCGAGCUCGAUCCAGCACAAGUCGUGAAGCGCGCUAAAUUUGCUCUUGGAAUAUCGUUUGCUGGUAUGGCUUUACCGUUUGGUGUAGGCGCAGCUGUCAGUUACGUGCUUUAUGAAGAGCUUGGGCCUGAUACUACGGUGGGCUUUGGUCAGUUUCUCCUUUUCUGUGGUGUGGCAAUGUCCAUCACUGCGUUCCCAGUCCUGGCCCGUAUCCUCGCUGAGCAGAAGCUGCUGACAACUAAGGUUGGAUUCUUAACUAUUUGCGCCGGUGCUGUCGGGGAUAUUGUUGCAUGGAUUUUGUUGGCCCUCGUAGUCUCAAUCAUCAACAGUGCCAGUCAAAUUACACCUCUUUACGUUGUCCUUCUAUCGAUUGCAUGGAUCCUUAUUUUGGUCUUUUUGAUUCGCCCUGUUAUCAUCUUCAUGAUCAGAGUUACAAAGUCACAAGAUGAACCAAGUCAGACCAUGAUGGCGUUCAUUCUUGUCGUGGUAUUGAUCAGCGCUUUCAUGACUGAUAUCAUUGGUGUGCACGCUAUCUUUGGCUCGUUUGUAGUUGGAUUGGUCAUUCCCAAUGACACAGGUUUUGCAGAUGGAGUUACCAAGAGAAUCGAGGAUCUUGUCUCUGUUAUCUUUCUGCCCAUUUAUUUUGCUCUCUCAGGACUCAAGACACAGAUUGGACUAUUGGACAAUGCUCGAAUUUGGGGACUGGUAAUAUUGACAACCUUUGUUGCCUGCUUUGGAAAGAUUGUUGGAUGCACAGGUGCAGCCAAACUCCAAGGCAUGGAGUUCCGGGAGUCCCUCGCUAUUGGAGUCCUUAUGAAUUGCAAAGGUCUUAUCGAACUAAUUGUUCUCAACAUUGGUUACGAUGCUGGAGUCAUCAACGCCAAAGUCUUCGUCAUCAUGGUCAUGAUGUGUUUGAUCACCACCUGCAUGACUACUCCUGGUGUCUCGUGGGUUUAUCCAGUCCACUAUCAGCGCGCAGUAGCCCAGCGCACAUUGGCCAAAGAAAAAGCCAGCAAGGAUGCUGAGCGCACAGAGUCUUUAGAUAAAUCCGAGACUGCGAAGACUGGUAUUAUGUUGUGUCUCGAUAAGAUUCAGAACCUUCCAGCCAUGAUGACAUUUCUCGACAUGUUGCAUCAUGCUUCACCAAAGCCUUCACAUACCACUCAUCACUCAAAUCUGCCUAUUUCAGGCACCAAUGGAUUUCCUGGCCAUCCUGUAGCGUCAAACGCAUCAAGUGUAGGUCCGACUCUUCUCGCUCUUCGCCUUCUGCAUCUUACUGAGCGUAGCUCGUCGGUUCUGAUGGCCGCUACCGAGCGUGCUGAAGUGCUGCGCCGCGACACGCUCAUGGUUGUAUUCCAAGCAUUUGCGAAGCUUAAUGGUAUUUUGGUCAAGCCACGAAUGACUUUAUCUACUGAUCCUGAGGAUUUUGCUCAAAGUAUAUAUGAUGAAGCCCUUGAGAGCGAUGCUGGAAUUAUUAUCUUCCCCUGGAACUCGACUUCACUCCCUGAUCCGCCUGCUAGCACAGUGGAUGACAGCCAGAACACAAUACUGCCCAAGCCCCUCAUUCCUUCUAACACACGAGUAGUCACUCGGCUCAUGAAUACAACAUCAAACACUGGAAUAGCCAUAGCUAUUUUUGUCGAAAGGGAGUUUGGAGGAUCUGGAAGCUUUUUGACAAUCAUGGUGCCGCUUUACGGAUCCCAGGACGAUGAAGAAGCUCUGAAACUUGCAUCAGUUUUGAGUCAUAAUAAGUCAUGUAAAGUCGUCAUUGUGCGCAUCGAGGCGGUACAAAAGCAAAAGGAAGCUACAGGAGAUAUUCAAAUAGAUAUCGAUGGCCAGUCAAUCCAUUCUGACCAGGGUGAGGACCAACGAGCAGAGCUACCUGACGACAAUAAUGUUCUAGCCCAAGAAUACUUCGGACAUCGCUCUUAUAUCCAUAUUGAAAAGCGAUUGAGUAAGAGAUUUAGUUCUGACAGCCCUGGUGCCGAAAUCGAGGUUCGUGAGAACGUCUUUGUCCACCAGGUAUCCACGAUCCAGGAUGCCAUUAGCCUUUCAAAGGCUACUCUUGGACCAAGGGAUCUGCUAGUCUUGGGUCGAGGAUCAAUUCACAAUGCCGGACACCGCAGUACUACUGCUUCCAUAUACUCACCAGAAGCAUACAAUGGGUUCCAACAGACUUCUUCACAAGCCGCUUCAACGCAUCCUAUUGACAACCUACCUGGCGACAAUAGUAACCUUCGACAUCGACAUCCUCUUCGGACCCAGCCUUCAUCCCGAGAUAUCCAUCACUCGACAAUGGCAGUGUCCAACAUCUUAGGUAUUACAGCACAACAGUUCCUGUCGUCAGAGGUUUCAUGCUGUCUGUUAGUAGUCCAAUCAGGCAAACGACCGAGCCAUCCCGUUCUAUCGCGUGCCGCCUCGUCUAUCUUCCAUGCUUCUCACCGCAUGCAACACGCCAGAGACGUGAGUACGGGUAGUAGUCGUCCAAAGGGGUUCGAUAGAGAACAUUCUUUCCAUUUGUCACCUGAGCCUGCACCGCAGUAGGAGAUCCAGUCGAAGCAGCAAGGAUCAAGCAUAAACUCUGUUGUUGUGUACCAUUUGUAUAUAAAUAUAUAUUAUUAAAUUUAAAUAAAUCAUUUUAUAAGCCACAUU